UUUCUGCUGGAAGGUGUCCCAGGAGAAAGGGCUCGGGCCCAACAGACACCUGAAACGUCCGCGGAGGCGGCCCGAGUUAUGCCCUGGAAGUGCGCCAGUCCGAACGCUUUGCGUGCAAGCCUUGCAAAGAACUGAGGACGUUAGUGACCCCCUGCCCCUGGCCCCCCUUCCCCAGUCCCUCCUCCAAACCAAAGACCACCCCAUCUGUUCCUUCAAGGAUGUCUCAGGUGCCAUGGUUUCCAGAAGCCACGCCAGCUCCCUGACAGCCAGGGUUCCCAGGCCAAACUAAUUGAGAACCCUCAAGUUUGCCCUGACCUGAUCGUUCUGUCAAAAUGUCCUUGGUGGCGACACAACAGGGCCCUCCCUGGAGGCCCCUGGGCCUUCACUGAUGCCUGAGAUUCCUUUUUGUACAUUUUCCCCCGCAAAAUUCAAGUAUCUAGCAAAGUGGACCCACCCGUGCUGAUUCCUGGAAGCAGAUCUAAGACAUGACAUCAUUCCGUCUGUAAAUCUUCAGUAUGCACCUGUAAGAGGAAAGGACUCUAAAACAUAAACACAAUGCCACUGUCACACCUAUAAGGCCCCUUUGAAGGUCCCAAUUACCACAUCGCGCCGCGAUGGGUGUACCACGUCACCAGCGCCUGGAUGAUCUUCGUGGUCAUUGCAUCCGUCUUCACUAAUGGGCUUGUGCUGGCAGCCACCAUGAAGUUCAAGAAGCUGCGCCACCCUCUGAACUGGAUCCUGGUGAAUUUGGCGGUGGCUGACCUGGCGGAGACUAUCAUCGCCAGCACCAUCAGCAUCAUGAACCAGAUCUACGGCUACUUUGUGCUGGGCCACCCCAUGUGUGUCCUGGAAGGCUACACUGUCUCCUUGUGUGGGAUCACGGGUCUCUGGUCCCUGGCCAUCAUUUCCUGGGAGAGGUGGAUGGUAGUCUGCAAGCCCUUUGGCAAUGUGAGAUUUGAUGCCAAGCUAGCUAUCGCGGGCAUUGCCUUCUCCUGGAUCUGGGCCGCUGUGUGGACAGCCCCGCCCAUCUUUGGCUGGAGCAGGUACUGGCCCCACGGCCUGAAGACAUCGUGCGGGCCCGAUGUGUUCAGUGGCAGCUCGUACCCUGGCGUGCAGUCCUACAUGAUCGUCCUCAUGAUCACAUGCUGCAUCAUCCCCCUCAGCGUCAUCGUGCUCUGCUACCUCCAAGUGUGGCUGGCCAUCCGAGCGGUGGCAAAGCAGCAAAAAGAAUCCGAGUCCACUCAGAAGGCGGAGAAGGAGGUGACUCGCAUGGUGAUGGUCAUGAUCUUCGCCUACUGCGUCUGCUGGGGGCCCUACACUUUCUUUGCGUGCUUCGCCGCUGCCCACCCUGGCUACGCCUUCCACCCUCUGGUGGCCGCCCUGCCGGCCUACUUUGCCAAAAGUGCCACUAUCUACAACCCCAUCAUCUAUGUCUUUAUGAACCGGCAGUUUCGAAACUGCAUCAUGCAGCUUUUCGGGAAGAAGGUUGACGACGGCUCUGAACUCUCCAGCGCCUCCAGAACGGAGGCCUCAUCUGUGUCUUCGGUGUCACCUGCAUGAGUCCCUCCUGGCCGUGACAACAAAAAGGUCUGCUUCCUACCGGAAAACGUAAACCCUGUCCCACACACCGGCACUUUGGCCACCCCCCCCCCUUGCCCCUUCUCCUCCAUCCCUGGGAAAUAAAAGUAGUUUCUCUUUG